AUGUCCGAAUAAAACAUUGAAAAUGAAGAUGGAGAAUAACAAUAAAAAAUAGAAGAAGAACCUGAAAUAGAAUAAGAUGAUAUAUAUCCACCAAUAGAAGUACAAAUAAACUAAACUCAUAGUAUACUAAAGCAAGGAUUAGAAAAAAUAGGAAAGAUAUCAAAUGGUAAAAAUCAUUCAUAUACAAAUUUAAUAUGCGAACGCAAGAAUAUCCGAGAUUUAUUCGAAUUAUUAACAUAAUAUGAAAAUUUAAGAUUUAUAAAUUUUUCUAAUAAUCUAAUAACAGACAUUCAUACUAUAACAAAAAUCAAAUAUUUAACUCAUUUAAACUUAAGCAAUAACCAAAUAGAUUCCUUAAGUGUAUUUAACAUUCCCAAUACAUUAAAUUUCCUCUAAGAACUAAAUCUUAGUGGAAACAAAUUAACCCAAUUAACUCCUUUUAAAUUGCGAAGUUUAUAAAAGUUAAAUUUGAAUAAAAAUGAAAUAACUACCUGUUAAGAAUUCAGAGGGCAUCAUACAUUAGCGAUUUUAGAAAUGAGAAAAAACAAACUUUCUGAUUUGAAAGGAAUCGAGAAUUCUCCAAAUUUAUAAUGCUUAUAUGUAGCAGAAAAUAAUAUUACUAAUAUUAAUGAUUUAGGUAAAUUACCUCAUUUGAAAAUUCUUCAUUUGAGAAAAAAUCCAUUAAAAUCUUUAGAAAUUUUAGAAAAUUAACAUGUACCAGUAUUUCCUUUGUUAAAUUAUAUCAAUUUUAGAGAAUGUAAAUUCGAAGACCUUUCUUAAAUGAAAUUUCUUUAAGCUUUUCCUGUUUUAGCUUAAGUUAAUGUUUUGGCAACUGAAAUGACUGAAAACGGGGGUUAUAAUAUUAAAGAAGAACUCAUUAUGCUUAUGAACUAAUUAAAAAGAAUCAACAAGGAACCUGUUGAAGAAGAUGAAGUAGUAGCUGCUAGAGAUAAGUUAAAAGAAAGAAUUGAAGAAUAAGAAAGAUAAAGAUAGGAAGAAGAGGAAAGAAAAAAAUAAGAAGAAGAAGAAAGAAGAUUAUAAGAAGAAUAGUAAUAAUAAUAAUAAAACGAAUAAUAAUAAGAAUGA